UUUUAGUUGGUACAUGUGUCCCCAGCACAUCAACCCAGAAGAAGCCGUAAAGAUCCACAUGGAUAUCAGAGCAAACCAGUCGGUCGCAGUCCACUGGGGUACCUUUAAUUUGAGCAAUGAGCCGUAUGACCAGCCAGUGAAGGACUUGCACGCGGCUCGCGCUAAGAAACUGGCCGACGCUACGUCGUUCAUCGAGUUGAAACACGGAGAGACGAAAACUUUCCCGUCCGGAGCGUCGGGAAGGAAUCCAGGCCUUCUCCUCACCGCGCGCACGCAGCGGACGCAGAUGAGAGGAAUCACCGACGAAUGGCGUCCCCUCUCUGAAGCGUUAACGAGCGAUUCGUUAGCUUCCCUUCUCUGA